AUGGAAGAUUCAAGAAGUCAUGAGGUUUCGGUAGACAAGUCAUCGAACCAUGUGAGUUGCAGUUAUAAGAUGUUUGAAUUCGAUGGUUGUCCAUGUCGGCACAUGUUGGCAUACUUGUUCAUAAUGCAGAUUAGGGAACUCACUUCUAAAUUCAUCUUGCAGAAGUGGACUAAAACAGCAAAAUCGGGCAGAGUUAUGGAUGACUUGGGCAAUGAAGCAGGAACUAAAGUUGUGCGAGAAGCUUUGCUAGCUAGUCAAAAGAAGAUUGCAUUGAUGAGGAAUUCUUGCCAAGAUGGUUCAACGAGUUCUAUCCAAUUGCCUAUUUCUCUCGGAAGCCAACAUGGUUUGAAAGAACCGCUUGAAGUUAGGGUAAAGAGUUGUGGUAAGUGUUUGAAAGGGGGAAAAGAGAAGGCCAUCAAGAAAAGUAGGAAAUGUUAUGGUUGUGGGUUAACGGGGCAAUCGCAUGACAAAAGAAAUUGUCCAAUGCUUAUGAACAUAUCUUCACAAGAUGUUAGGUUGGAUGACGACGAUGAUGACUUUGACGAAGAAUAUAUGGAGAUGAAAUUCGGAAGGCAUAUAGAGACAUAG